UCAAGAAAAAACAAUAGUUGUACUAAAAUUGAUACGUUUGAUUUGCUUUUUUUUCAUUUGAAAUUUUUUCAAUUUCAAAUUCAUACGCUCGUAAAUCAACAUUUGAGAUUGAAGUUUUCUAUUCUCAAAAAAUGUGUGGCUGGUAACACUUUAUUCUGGUUGUAUUGAAGGCGAAGUAAAGGAAAAGCAAACAGCUCAAGGAGAAAAGUCGUCAUACGAAAAUAAUAAUCUAAUUUAAUUAAAGUCGCUGUGCGGAAUUCUGGUUUAAAUAUAGUUUUAAGAAAUUUUAAUAAGCCCCCUGAAAACCUGCUCGGAAACCGGAGUGUGCGAAAGAGACCUAACCAGAAACAUAAUUAUUUACAAUAUGUCAACCGAGGCACCUUUAUCAGGCACAUCGGUUGCGGCAAUGCCAUCAGAAGAACCCGUAGCUUCGGUUGCCGGAGAAACAUCAUGUGAUCAGGAUAUACCUAAAAGUUCAACAUCAUCUUCGACUGCUUACUCCUUUUCUGGGGAUGCGUUAGUAGGACAUACGUUACAGGGUGAUAAUUUAAAUGGUAACACAACAAAAACGGAAAACAAAGAAAGUAACCCCAACACAGAAGCGGAAAAAGAUGAAAACAAACAUGAUGACUCGGUUUAUGAAUGUAAUAUUUGUUUGGACACAGCAAAGGAUGCCGUUGUUAGUUUAUGUGGACAUUUAUUCUGUUGGCCAUGUUUGCAUCAGUGGCUUGAAACUCGUCCGAACCGUAAAUUGUGUCCAGUUUGCAAAGCCGCCAUUGGCAGAGACAAAGUUAUACCUUUAUAUGGACGUAAUAGCACCAAACAGGAGGAUCCAAGAAACAAGGUUCCACCAAGGCCAGCAGGACAGCGUACUGAACCGGAUCCACAACAUGGAUUUCCUGGCUUUGGUUUUGGAGAUGGUUUUCACAUGUCUUUUGGUAUCGGCGCUUUCCCAUUCGGGUUCUUUGCCUCAUCUUUCAAUAUUGGAGAACCACGACCUGGAGCCUCAAACCGUGGUACAACACAGUACGAGGAGGAACAGCAGCUGUCUAAAUUGUUUCUCUACCUAGCACUCUUAUGCAUUGCUUGGUUACUAUUUGCAUAGCAAAGUUUUGUGAUGUGUUUAAUAUUUUCUUGCUCAUUGCUUAUGAACGCAAACAUAUUAAUAAAAUCAAAUCAUAAAAUGCAGUUUACUAAAAUACACAACGCGAUUUAUAAAUGAAUUAUAUUAGGUAAAUACAACAUAUACGCGACAGAAAUUGUGGUAAAAGAGGGAAAGCCGUUAAAUUUGUAAAAUUCUUUUUUAAAAUAAAUAUUUUCCCAGCUUAUAAUAACACAACACAACACAACGCUAGUCAAAAAUUAAAAAAAUUAAUUAUGCAAAAAAUAUCCCCGCAAAAAUUCAAAUUUAGGUUUAUUCGACUCUAUAUCAAUUGGUGUUUGGAUCUGCUGCGCAAUAAUGUAAUAAAAUAUUUUUUAAGAGGGACUUUUACAAGACAAUGGUUUGUUUUUAUUAUUGAUCAUUUAAGUUUAUUAUAUUACUUUAAUGUAUUAUUUUUACUCAAAACUGAAACAUUUAAUAAAGCAAUUGUUUC